AUGAUGUUGCUGCUCUUCCUUUUACUGUCUCCGGUGCAACCGCAACAUCUUUCAAGCUCGUUUGAUGUGAGAACUCUGAGCGAACUUCCCAUGAGCAAGUUGCUGAAGGUCAAGAACACUUUCGAGUUAAACGACGUCGAAGAAGUUGUUCCCAAGGAGGAAUUGGUGCUUGGAGUUCCAAUGGCUUUGAAGCGAAUCCUGAAAAACCCUUUGAAACGCGGCGAUUAUGGCGGAGUGGAGAGUGCGGAUGGGAAAAAAGGAAUGCAAUCCGUGUUCCAAAUGUCCGUGACAACUUUGGCGUUCCUCGCGUUCGGUGGAUAUUUACUCUGUUUGAUUGUGCAGAGUUUGAAGGGUAAAGGUAAGAAGGUGGUGAUGAUGAUGAUACCGGUCUCUUCUACGAUGGCUUCGGUGACGAUGGCCAAUUUGAGGAGGAGGAGGCGACGACGAAGAAGGCCUUUGAAAAUAAGGAGACCGAGACCGAAAAGAGAAACCCAUUCCGACCCAGAAACCGACGAAGAUGAAGACGAUAUUGUUGAUGAUGAAGGACGGGAUGACUUCGCGCCCGACGUUGAUCCUCAUUACAUGUUUGACGCUCUGGUUCACCUCUCAGAAGCAUACACACAAUACCACACGACCAAUUACCGACACCUCAAUCAGACAUUUCUUCGUUUUAGAAGGUGA